AUGUUUACUGCUUGCUCCCAGACAAUAACACACAUUCUUCCGCCUCCUCCUCCUCCCCCUCCUCCUCCUACUUCUUUACCUACUUCCCCACCUCUUCUUCCUCCUACUCCUUUACCUACUUCUUCACCUCUUCCUGUUUCUUACUCUACCUCCUCAGUUCCUCCUCCUUUACCUCCUCCUGCUUCUUACUCUACCUCCUCUAGUUCCUUCUCCUCCUCCUCCUCUACCUCUUCCUGCUUCUUAUUGUACCUCCUCCAGUUCCUCCUCCUCCUGCUCCUGUUUCUUACUCUACCUCCUCCAGUUCCUCCUCCUCUACCUCCUCCUGCUUCUUAUUCUACCUCCUCCUCCUCCUCUACCUCCUGUUUCUUACUCUACCUCCUCCAGUUCCUCCUCCUCUAUCUCCUCCUGCUUCUUAUUCUACCUCCUCUAGUUGCCCCUCCUCCUCCUCUACCUCCUCCUCCUCUACCUCCUCCUGCUUCUUAUUCUACCUCCUCUAGUUCCCCCUCCUCCUCCUCUACCUCCUCCUGCUUCUUACUCUACCUCUUUCACAGCAGAAGCAGAAGCAGCAGAAGCAGAAGUAGCAGCAGUAACAGCAGUAGGAGCAGAAGUAUCAGAAGCAGAAGCAGCAGAAGCAGAAGCAGCAGCAGCAACAGCACAGCAGAAGCAGAAAUAGCAGAAGCAGAAGCAGCAGCAGCAGCAGCAGCAGUAGAAGUAGCAGCAGCAGCUGAAGAAGCAGAAGCAACAGAAGCAGCAGCAGCAGCAGCAGCAGCAGUAGAAGUAGCAGCAGCAGCUGAAGAAGCAGAAGCAACAGAAGCAGCAGCAGCAGCAGCAGAAGCAGAAGCAAUAGCAGCAGCUGAAGAAGCAGCAGCAGUAGCAGCAGCAGCAGCAGCAGCAGCAGAAAAGAAGCAGCCAGCAGUAGCAAGCAGCAAGCAGCAGCAGCAGCAGCAGCAAGAAGUACAAGAAAGCAGCAGCCGAGCAAAAGCAGAAGCAACAGGAAGCAAUGGCAGCAGCAGAAGCAGAAGCACAGAAGCAAGCAGAAGAGUAAGCAGAACAGCAGAAGCAGAAGAAGCAGCAGCAGCAGUAAGAAGUGCAGCCCGCAAGCUGGAAGCAAGCAGAGCAGCAGCAGCAGUAAAGCAGCAAGCAGCAGCUAAGAAGGCAGCAGCAAGCCAGCAGGAAGAAGCAGCAGCAGUAGCAGCAGCAAGUAAGCAGCAGCACAGAAGUAACAGAAGCAGCAGCAGCAGCAGCAGAAGCAGAAGCAACAGAAGCAGCAGCAGCAGAAGCAGAAGCAACAGAAGCAGCAGAAGCAGCAGAAGCAGAAGAAGCAGAAGCAGAAACAGCAGCAGCAGAAGUAGAAGCAACAUAAGCAGCAGCAGCAGAAGCAAUAGCAGCAGCUGA